AUGUCACACGGUAAUAUCUUCCACCCUUAUUCUUUACUAAUCUCUUCCUGGCCUAACCAAGCUAGUACAGAAUACAUCCAUUUCUCAGCAGAGUCUGGAAUGUCAAAUGAAGAGUUAACUGCUAUAAUAAAAGAAAGGAAACUGACUGAAUGCACUGAAGAAAUAGAGAGAUAUUUUGCAAAGAAACAACUGAAGGAAGCUAAGAAAUUUAAUAAAGACCAGACAGAUCAAGGGUUCAUAGAGUGGAUGCAGAUGAGGACCUUUGCAUCUGGAAUCACUCCUAAGCAAGGCCUGAGAGAGAUAGAGUGCGUUUACGAUCCUACUUCAGAUACUCAGAUCGAAGUUAAACACGAGAUAUUUCAAAACACCAAAGAUCUCUUCCAAAAUUAUAUAUAUCUUGGGAUAGAUAGAUAUCCUUCACAAAGCUAUUCAACAUUCCAUGAUUUUUACAAUGAAGAUAUUGAUAUUGAGCAUGAUGGUACAUUUGCAUGGCUUCUUCUAUUCUCCAACAGUUUUGAGAAACUUAAACAACCACCGGUUAAUAUUUUCCAAAAACUGAAGGAAAUUAUUUCCAAUUCUGAAGCAUUCCAUUAUGAAGAUCUCUCUGGACCAGGAUCUUCUGAAAACAUAACUGCCUUCAAAGAGACAAGGAAGAUUUUUGAAACCUUGUAUGCUUCACUAAAGUUCGAUUCCCUCCAAAAUAACCCAGAUGUUUACGAAUGUUUAUGCUGAAUGUCAAAGCUGUAUAACUCAGGGUACCAUCUUCUGCAAGCUUCUCGAAACUGAGCUUCAGCUCCAGCUUGUUUGCAAGCUACUAGUCAAGUCUACCUUUUCCACACAGAGAUGCUGAGCUCUCGUCAGAAUCUGCUCAAAAUUUUGGAAAAACUAAUCUGUGAUAGAAUCGAAGAACAUGAAGUUAAACAUUCUGAUGUCUCUCAACCUGAAACCGCCCAAGCAAGCCUUGACUUUAGUAGUCUUGAGCAAGCUGAGCACAGAUUUGAGCAAGAGGAAAUUAAGCAGAUUUUUGACACUGUUUUUGGGAUAUUUGAGGAAGAGAAGCAGCCAGAGGCACAUGCCCCUGAAAAACAUCGAACUUUUGGGAUGAAUAAUAACAAUUUCUACUUCUAUUGAGAAGGAUUUGGCAUUUUAAAGAUUCAAGGGAAUAAAAUCAUAAAGCGCUCCACUUGUGAAGAACUGCAAACAGGAAAACUUUCAAUCUUUUUCUUGGAUAAUAUUACUGAACUUUGAGUUAAGAGAGAAGAUGCGACAUACACUUCAGAUAUUCCAUUUUUAAAGUGAAAUGAGAAGUUUGAGAUCAUCCCAUGGCCAGAGAAACAAAAAUAAACAAUAUAAAGCUAAAGUAAGAGAAUAUAGAGAGAAAGAUAUCCAGCCUCUUGAAUCUACACCUGCAAGUGUAAUUUUUGAAAACUCUGAUGAAGAAAGCGUGAGAUUUAUGAGAGCAACUCCAAUGAUCUGUGAUGGAGCAAUGAUCUAUGCCCUCUCUUGUACUGUAGAGAUAGAUCAAGCCCAGCUUUCAAUUUUCAAUGAAGACAAUUUAUGGAACAACACAGACAAAUGGGUCAAGAAGGUACUUUAUUGGUCAAUCCAUGGCUACGACAAGAAGACAUUCUUUCAUAAAUUCCAAAAGAAAUUAAUAUUCGAGAUCGAGCCGGAUAAGAAAAAUGCACUCUUCUCUAAGGCAGAUGAACUCACACGUCUUGAGGAAGAAGUGGCCCGGAAGUUCCAGCCAGACCAGAUUCACAAAGCAGUGAUUUCCAUUGGCUACGGGCAGAUUAGUAUUGUUUUUGAAGAACAGAUUUACGUUUUCUCUGGGAGUAAUGGUUACUUACAGCCAGAGACAAAACCUGCUCCCAAGAACGUAGUUGGAUAUUCCUUUGAUUCCAAUAAAUAUUGGUAUAUCAAAGAGACAAGUCUGAACAAUGGAAUUAUCUUUAAAUCCUUCACAUUCAGCAAAAGAGUGAGGAGCAGAAUUGAAAUAGUUCAGAGCUCAUUCUCCAGCUUUCUCAAUGAGAAUAUCACAACUUCCACUAGGAACAAGAGGGAGAGUGAAAAUUUUGGAGAUUUACUUAGGAGAGAAAUGUUUGUAGAAGAAGAGUCUGAACCAGACACUAUUGAUUGCAAAUAUACCAACUCUGGUGCUGCCUCUGUUCUUCCUCUGUUUUAUUUAGCGAAUAACAUCCCUAACCCAAAAGAUAUGCUCAUUAAUUUUCAAAAAGACCAAGCUUGGGAAUAUGCUAAGGGUAAUCUACAUGGAAUUGACUCUCCUUUUGAAAUGACUAGAGAAUUUUAUCAGGAGUUGACCAACAAUAUCACUAUGAACUAUGAAGCCCUCCUUGACCAAAUAGAGACAGAGUUAGGCUCAAGACCUGCAGUUUCAUUAAAGACUAUGAAGAAAGAGCAACUACAUACAGUUUCCAUCAACUACAGCUGGAUUUUAAGAACACAUUUACUUCUCAGAAUAUAUUUCUUCAGUCUAAAACAAAUUCUUGAUGUUGAGAUAAGCCCGAGUCUUAUUUUUGGAGGUGAAGCUCAGGUUGAUAAAUUCUUUUGCACAAUAAAUUAUUUCAUUGAAUUUCAGCAUUUUCUUGAGAAUUCAGAUCCUGGUUGAUUUACCAAGCACUUGAUUACCAUAAGACAUCCAAAAGCAAUAGAACCCUCAGAAAUAUCAUCAAUUGUGCAUAUAAAGCUGGUCAAUAGAGAAUUCUUAAAAGUACUCAAAAUAUACUAUUACUCAAUAUGAAUGAUGAACAAGUUAGCUCCGACUUCUAUUGAAGAGGAAAAAUUUGAUAUCUUCAAAUUGCUCUCUAAUGUCAAUUUAAGGAAUCUUUAAACCUC